AUGGCUCCCACAGACCUAUCAUCGUAUUGGCUUCAUCAGGCUGAUGGAGGGAAAUAUGUACAGACCUACGGCAUGCAUGUCGUACAGACACCGGACAAAUCUUGGACGAACUGGUCAAUUGCACGUGCCAUGGUCCAUGAUAAGAACCACCUUGCCGGAUGGGUAAUUGAACCUCAGCACAUCUGGAAGAUUCAUCAGCAAUGGAAAAAGAUUGGAAAGGAUAUACCAUGGGUAUUGGCUUUUGGCGUGCCUCCAGCAGCUAGUAUGACAGCUAGCAUGCCCAUUACAGAUGGCGUCACUGAUUCUGGAUACAUUGGGGCUAUGACCGUAUCUGCUUUAGAUGAUGUUGUCAAAUGUGAAACUAACGAUCUAUACGUUCCAGCCAACGCUGAGAUCGUUUUCGAGGGAACACUUUCAAUCACAGAAACUGCUUCAGAAGGUCCCUUUGGUGAAAUGCAUGGUUACGUAUUUCCUGGAGACACACAUGAAUGGCCAAAUUACAAGGUCAAUGCGAUCACUUAUCGAAACAACGCGAUCCUACCUGUUUCGAAUUGUGGUCGUAUCACAGAUGAGACACACACACUUAUUGGCUCACUUGCAGCCGCGGAGAUCCGUCAACUUUGCCAGAAUGCCGGUCUCCCAAUCAUGGACGCAUUUGCGUCAUUUGAAAUCCAAGUCACCUGGGUCGCAUUAAAAGUGGACAUCACAAAACUCAAGGAAAUGAACACUACUCCAAAAGCAUUUAGACAGAAAAUUGGAGACUUACUCUUUUAUCAUAAAGCUGGCUAUGCCAUUCAUCGUUUGAUUCUCUGUGGUCCUGAUAUUGAUGUCUAUGACUUCAAAGAUGUCAUGUUCGCGUUUUCAACACGGUGCCGACCAAAUCAUGACGAGACCUUUUUCGAAGAGUGUCGAGGGUUCCCAUUGGUUCCUUAUAUGUCUCACGGAACUAGUUCGCCUGUCCAGGGUGGAAAGGUCAUCUCGGAUGCUUUAAUGCCCACCGAAUAUGAGGGAAGUCAGAACUGGCAGCAGGCCUCGUUCAAACACUCAUACCCCGAGACUUUACAGAAGAACAUCAACGCUAAAUGGAUGAAUCCGUGGGAAUUUCCAGAUAACUGA